UGGGCAGAAGCCAUGACCAUGCCAAAUGCGGACGUCGGCUUGACAGAUCCCCCAAAAACCCCAGCCUUCAUUAAGUUCAACAAGCCUACACUAUCGCAAGUAGACAUCUACGGGCCACCCUGUCCCGCUUCUCUUCCGACUCCAGCAACCUCCAUGACGCACCUAACCGCAGUCGGCGCUUCGACCAGAAAUUUCCCCACGCCUAAUAAACUUCCCUCGAGCCCAUUGAAAGCCGCAGACACCAAUGAUCUGCCCGGUUUCAUGAACUUUGUCAACAGGCUUACACCCUCUUAUGCUGGUUUCGAACCCUUUGUUGUUGAAGAGAGGCUGACGUGCAAUGGUAUGGUGUUGGAUGAUUUGCCGAAUCUGCCACCAGGGCAAGAGAUUCCAGGAGUGAAGCUGGGGCAUCUCAUGGCAAUGAAACAUCACUGGCCAGCGUUUAAGCACAGUAAGAAGGCUCGCUGUAAGUUGGCGGAUGAGUUACAUCGGAUGGAUCGGGGAUCUUCAAGCCUGCUGUCUCGGAGACCUUCCACCACCUCGAGAAUGACGGAGAGCUGUGAAAGGGAUCGAGAUAAUGCUCGUGGCGAUUGACUUUGAGGGUUAGCGGGUUGGCAGGGUCUCGUAUUUUUGUAAUCCGCAAAAGUUGACGAGUGGAGACAAAUCGACUAGUAGCAGAUAUUUUUUGACGAGACGGCCGCUGCCUCGUAGAUUGGAAUGCUGCCUUCCGGUAGAACUAGGUUUUGUAUCAAUCCGACAUGUUUUGCAG